AUGAAGCAAAAUUACUCUACUGUGAACGAGUUCAUCCUUGUAGGAUUCAUGGACCAUCCAGAACUUCAGGUCCCCCUCUUCAUCCUGUUCCUGGUCAUCUACAUUACCACACUAGUGGGGAACAUUGGCAUAAUCCUAUUAACUUUAGUUGAUGCUCAGCUUCACACCCCAAUGUACUUUUUCCUCAGAAAUCUCUCCGUUAUAGAUAUUGGUUAUUCCACUGCCAUUGCACCCAUGUUGUUGACCACCUUUGUGGCAGAGAAUGCAAGCAUUUCCUUCACAGGUUGUACAGUGCAAUUUUUCUUCUUUUGCCUCUUUGUGACCACUGAAGGUUGCCUUUUGGCUGUGAUGGCAUACGACCGCUACACAGCAAUCUGCAACCCAUUGCUCUAUUUUGCUGUUAUGUCAAAUAAGCUGUGUAUCAUAUUAGUGGUAGUUGCUUAUGCUUGUGGCUUUGCAAGUUCAACUGUCCAUACUAUUUUCAUAUUCAGCUUGUCCUUCUGCAGUUCAAAUGUCAUUAACCACUUUUUCUGUGAUGUUCCUCCAAUGCUUAAGUUGUCCUGUUCAGACACCCAUGUCACUCACACUGUGCACUUCAUUUUAUCCACUGCAAUUGCGCUGACCACUUUUCUGAUCAUCUUGGUCUCCUAUGUUGCCAUUGGUUUUGCCAUCCUGCAGAUCCACUCUGUCCAGGGAAGAUUCAAAGCCUUCUCCACCUGUGCCUCCCACCUGACCGCCGUCACCAUCUUCUUUGGAACCAUCAUCUUCAUGUAUAUUCGGCCCAGCUCUAGUUCCCCAAUGCAACAAGACAAAAUAGUUUCUGUGUUUUAUACUCUGCUGAUCUCCUUCCUCAACCCACUCAUUUACAGCCUGAGGAACAAAGAUGUGAAGAAUGCUGUGAGUAGGAUGCUAGACAAGAUGAUGUUCCUGAAGUAA